AUGGAUUCGUCUUAUAGAAAAUUAAGGACUGUUGAAUUGCAGAAAAGAAAAGUAACUCAAUCAAAAAAUGCACCAAAUUCGAUAGAAAGGAAAUUAGGGAAUAUUUAUGCGCCAAAAGAUUUUGAUGAAGAUUCAACCAUAGUUGUUUGUAAUUUCCCACAAAAAACUACCAUAAGUGAAUGUAAAAAUUUUAUGCAAUGGAUAGGACCUGUUAUAAAAGUUGAGAAAAUCCCUUCAUUUAUGCAAGAAAAUAAUUAUCUUGUUGUUUUUUGUAACCCUUAUUUUGCAAAGGCUGCUCUAGAAAUUCCACUAUUUUAUGAAAAUAAAACCAAACUAUUCACUCGAGCAGUCGAAAAAAGAGAAACCUUAUGGCAAAACAUUAACGAUAUGAUUACUACUAAUAUGAAUUUUUUUAGUUAA